CACCACAUAAUUUAUUUAUAACAUAUUUCUUUCCGCAAAAACAGAGAUCUUUCUCCUAAUUUAUGAAACUAUUUUUUAAUUCACCAAAAGAAUUUACUAAAAAAAAACUAAAUUUACCCAUAAAAAAUUCAAUUAAUCCCCCAUAAAUGAAAAAAAAAAAAAAACAUUUCCGGCCCAGAAAUUUACAAAUGUGACCGACGAUUCAGAAUCAAGUUUCAUGGGAGUUACUGUUUCCGUUGGAUUGAUUCAAUCGUCGGUCGCCAUCUCCGAUUAACACAAAUUCGAUCAUUAAUCCCUUGUUUUUUCUUCGAUGAUGUUCGUUUUGAUUUUUCCCACCAGAUGAUCGGAAGAACACCAUCAAAAUCGAUUUGGAUUUUGUCGGUCUGAGCUUCAACUUCGAGUUCCUCUGUUCAUUUAUAGUUCAAAAGGCUAUGAAAUUGAGUGGAUGGCUUUAAGAGAAGGGGAUCUCACAUUUGAUCUGGAAAGCGGGGCGAAGAUUGUUAAAGAGGAUUCUGGAAAUGUGGAGCCAAGUUCAAUCAAACGAGCGGUGAAGAACAUUUUUUGGGGUAGGUUGACCAAGGAUACAUUGCCACGAGACGAACGAGCUGCAGCCUCGAGCAGUUACGUUGCCAAUAUCAUCCGUGAUGCGAACAUAAAAUUGUUGAUAGAUAAGAAUUUGAAAGGAGAAGAGGGUCGUCGUGAAGUCGUUGCUAAUGUCGAGAAGAAGAAUGAUAGAGGGAAGCAUAAUAACAAGAAAAAGGCUCCAAAGCCACCUCGACCGCCCAAGGGACCUUCACUUGACGCUGCUGACCAAAUGCUGGUCAAGGAAAUCGCCAAGCUUGCCAUGAAAAAACGAUCGAGAAUCGAGCGAAUGAAAGCGAUGAAGAAGGCAAAAGCUGAGAAAACAUCUUCUUGCAAUACUUACAUACCAGCAUUGAUUAUCACAUGCCUCUUCUUCCUUGUAGUAAUCAUUCAAAGUAUAAGCUCUAGAAGCAGUUCAUUGUUCCAGGGGUCGCCCGAACCGGCCGUUGGUGGUAGUAGCGGUUUCAUUUCGGUUCAGUACAUUAUGAACUUUCCCAGAAAUGAAAGCUAUAUACCCAAUUCCACCACCUCUGUUAAGUGAGUACUUGUUGUUGAUGCUGCCCUGCUGCAUAGCUCGUGUCUGAUUUUGUUCCUCUUAGAAAAGGCUGGCAUGGUGGCUCCUAUGGCCUUCAUUUUUUAGUACUACACUUUUGUGUCUCUUUUCAAGAAACAUCCCAUUUUUGUAAUCAAACCCUUUUAUAUUUUGAUUUUAUGUUGAUGAGUUGAAUUAUGAA